AUGAGAAAGGCCAUCGUGAUUGCCUUCCUACGUCGAUGGCUCAUCCGCCGCCGCCUGGCCAAGGAACUCUUCGCCAAGACAGAUGGAGUACCACUACCUCACCUUCGUCCACAAGACACCAAAGUGGACGUCCAUCCUCCGUGGACGGCAAAGACGGCAUCAAUGACGCUCGCCUCGGGGCAUUUACGGGAAGAAAACAAAGGGCUAACAGAUUUCAACAACGAAGCGAUCGACGACUACAAGCAGCAGUGGGAAGCCACGCCACAGGUGCUUCUACUCGAGCUGGCCCCGUCCCUCCGAUGCUUGUAUCCGUGCUAG